CCGCUGUGUGCCGAGAGGCGGUGGGACCAUGAAGAUGAUCCACUUUCGGAGCUCCAGCGUCAAAUCGCUCAGUCAAGAGAUGAAAUGCACCAUCCGGCUGCUGGACGACUCGGAGAUCUCCUGCCACAUCCAGCGGGAGACCAAAGGGCAGUUUCUUAUCGACUACAUAUGCAACUACUACAGCCUGCUGGAGAAGGACUACUUUGGCAUUCGCUAUGUGGACCCAGAGAAGCAGCGGCACUGGCUUGAACCUAACAAGUCCAUCUCCAAGCAAAUGAAAUCUCAUCCACCAUACACCAUGUGCUUUAGAGUGAAAUUCUACCCACAUGAACCCUUGAAGAUUAAAGAAGAGCUCACAAGGUACCUUUUGUAUUUACAGAUCAAACGUGACAUUUUUCAUGGUCGACUGCUGUGUUCCUUUUCCGACGCUGCCUACCUGGGUGCCUGUAUCAUUCAAGCUGAGCUUGGUGAUUACGAUCCUGAUGAGCAUCCUGAGAAUUACAUCAGUGAGUUUGAGAUUUUCCCCAAGCAGUCACAGAAGCUGGAAAGAAAAAUCAUGGAAGUUCAUAAAAAUGAACUCAGGGGCCAGAGCCCACCGGUUGCUGAGUUUAACUUACUCCUGAAAGCUCACACUCUGGACACCUACGGGGUGGAUCCUCACCCAUGCAAGGAUUCAACAGGAACGACAACAUUUUUAGGAUUCACUGCUGCAGGCUUUGUGGUAUUCCAAGGAAAUAAGAGAAUGCACUUGAUAAAAUGGCCAGAUGUCUGCAAAUUGAAGUUUGAAGGGAAGACAUUUUAUGUGAUUGGCACGCAGAAGGAGAAAAAAGCCAUGUUGGCAUUCCACACAUCAACACCAGCUGCCUGCAAGCAUCUCUGGAAGUGCGGGGUGGAGAACCAGGCCUUUUAUAAGUAUGCAAAGUCCAGUCAGAUCAAGACUGUGUCAAGCAGCAAGAUAUUUUUUAAAGGAAGUAGAUUUCGAUAUAGUGGCAAAGUUGCUAAAGAGGUGGUGGAGGCAAGCUCCAAAAUCCAGAGGGAGCCUCCUGAGGUGCACAGAGUCAGCAUCACCCAGAGCCGCAGCUCCCACUCCUUGAACAAGCAACUCAUCAUCAACAUGGAGCCCCUGCAGCCCCUGCUUCCUUCCCCCAUGGAGCAGGAUGAGGAGCUUCUCCUGGGUGAGGGUGCCCCAUUGCCUAAAGAGGACAGUUCUGUUCCUUUGAUCUCCAGCUCCCCAAUGAAGGAAGCCCGGGGGUAUGAAGAACCCCCGAGUGAAGAAGAAGAUAAAAUCAAGGAAGAUCCCUUAACCAUCUCUGAACUAGCAUACAGCCCAAGUGCCAGCCUGCUUCCCACCCCUGUUGAUGAGGAUGAGAUUGAUAUGCUGUUUGACUGUUCUUCUAGGCUUGAGUUGGAAAGAGAAGACACAGAUUCCUUUGAGGAACUGGAUGCAGAUGAAAAUGCCUUUUUGAUUGCUGAGGAAGAGGAGCUGAAGGAGGCUCACCGAGCUUUGUCCUGGAGCUAUGACAUUCUGACCGGCCACUUUCGGGUGAAUCCACUGGUCAAGAGUUUUUCCAGGCUUCUUGUGGUGGGCCUGGGACUGCUACUCUUUGUAUUUCCCCUGCUCCUCCUCCUUUUGGAGUCAGGUAUUGAUCUCUCCUUCUUAUGUGAAAUCCGCCAGACACCAGAGUUUGAGCAGUUUCACUAUGAAUACUACUGUCCUCUCAAGGAGUGGGUGGCUGGGAAAGUCAGCCUCAUGCUGUAUAUGCUGGGGUGCUCAUGAGGGUAGCACGUUGUACGACUAAGGGCUAUAUUCAAUACUAAUGAGUUCUCUUUUCAGUAGAUGCCUGGUUCUGAAUGGUCCUGGGGUCAUCAACAGGUGACCCUUUCUCAUGACUGAUUACUCCAGUUCUUACAUUAGCUUUUCAUAAUUCAAUAUAUUUAAAUAAGUUUAAAUCAGAUACAAUUUUUUAGUUAUAGGCCAGAAAGAUGGCCCUUAAACAAAAACUUGUUUAUUUUUUAAUGUAUGGUAGAUAUCUUUAUCUGUUCUAUCAUAAUACAUAAUGAUACAUUGGACAAACUAGAUUUUUCUGUUUUUAGUAGUUGGCACCACCACAAGACAUAAGACUCAGAAUCAGAAGUUUAAGAAAAACCCAAAAGAAAGUUUUUGAAUAUAAUCCUUAGUAAACACAAUGUCUUCUAACCAAUGCCUAUACAACUAAAUUUAUGCUGGGCUUUUCUUUUUGUUUUUUAAAAAA